AUGUAUGACUUUAUUGCCUGCAUAAUAUAUCUAGAAUUGUCUGCAAGCAUUUCUCAACCUUCAACCGCCCAACGGCAGCAGAAUCCGCUUUUAUCAGAGUUUUAUGCAGAUUACAAAAAUCAAAACAACAAUGAUGAGCUGAGGUACGCUUAUCAUUACUUCGUUGACCAUCCAGAAUCAAUGGUGCAUUUGCAUCAUCAGGAGGAGCGCCAAGGCACAACAGUUAAAGGAGAAUAUGGGUUGUUGCAGCCAGACGGUUCUGUGCGCAACGUUUAUUACAGCGUGGACGGAAGUGGAGGAUUUCGAGCUAUUGUACGCACCCGAACAGCAGCCAGCAGCACACAUCAGCGUUUACAUUUACAGCAACAACAGCCGAACAAACCCAUACAACAUGCGCAACCAGUGGCAUUCAUUAAUUGAA